GUUGGAAUUAUUUUAUCGAAAUUAGUGGAAACGAACGAAUUAUAACAAAAUUAUAACGGUAUUCGAGUGAUUGUGAAGAAUGUUUGGAAAACAACUACUAACUUGCGCCAUAGUCUUGGCGAUUGUAUAUUCGAUCAAUGCUGAGUACAAUGUGGAUACCUACUGUACUAUGGUGCAAAAUGGACAGAAACUUGCAAGUGUCGAAUCAUGUUCAAAAUUCUAUACAUGUCAAAAUGGUGUUGGCACUGAGGGAGAGUGCGGUGCCGGUCUUUCGUUUGACAAGAACUCUCAGGGCUGUAAGGCUUCAGCUCUUGUUGAAUGCUAUUACGACAACGAUGAUCCUUGCAACGGUAAGGACAAAACUUAUGUGCCCAUUGUUGGUACAUGUGAUGGUUGGAUAUACUGCACCAACGAUAAGGAAUUGGGACGUGGACAUUGUGGUAGCGGCAUGAUUUUUAAAGAUAAACAAUGUCAAUACGGUUCAUGUAAUGAUAACAUUAAUGAGGGUGUAUCAGCUGGUAUGCAAUCAGUUUGUGAUAUUAUGCAGGACAAUAAAUUCUUUGGUAGUACGCUUGAUUGCCAAAUAUGGCAGAAAUGUGUUACGGGAGGCCUUAAAACCGGAACAUGUGGUGAUGGCUUAAUUUUCAAUGUACAACAACAAAACUGCAAUUAUGAAACCGGCACAGACUGUUCCCGUGUAACUGGUGAAAGCGUACAACCUGAUGAGGAGUUGGAUUGUCUUGCUACACAAAAUGGACAAAAGAAGGGUAGUGUUGUGAAGUGUUCAACAUUUUUCAUUUGUUCGAAUAAAAAAUGGGUUGCCUAUGAAUGUGAUACUAAUAUGUUUUAUGAUGUGAAUCAUGCUACAUGCCUCAACCGUCAAUCUGCAACGCCAGUGUCAACUUGCGAUCGUUGCGAAGGUUCAAAGAAAAAAUUUGUAAAUGCCGUUGACCCAGAUUGUCAGAAAUAUACUAUUUGUAAGGAUAGCGUAAGAACCGGUUCCGGUACCUGUGAUGAUGGCUACUAUUUUAGUGAACCUUCCCAGGCAUGUUUAGCUGAUAGCAAAGGUUUGGAAGCAUAUGCAUCCAAAAAUGGAGCGUGUGCUGUUCCAGCACCCACGUCGGCACCCACUGCUUCACCAAGUACUGGAACAUGCAAAACUGAUAACAAUAAAUGUGUUUGUGUUGAUACAACAGAGACCGAUUGUCAGUGUGGAUUUGAUGAAGAUGAAGAAUGUGACGUAUGUGCUGAAGGUGUUGAAGCUGAUGGGACAUGUGUUGUUUUACCACUUGACACAUGCAUAGUAGAUGGAACUAAAUGUAUUUGUAGUGAUACCGAAGAAACAGACUGUCAGUGCGGAUUUGAUGCGGAUGAUGACUGCGAAGAAUGUGACGAUGGUGUUAAAGAUGGAAAAUGUAUUAUCCCUGAUGUAUGUAUUGAGGAUGCCAAUGAUGAUUGUGUGUGUGAAAGUGGAAAAGCUGAAGGUGAUGGCUGCACAUGUGGUUUUGACGAAGGAGAAUGCAUUUCCUGCCCAAAUGGCGUUACAGCUGGAGACUGCGAUGCAUAAUUAAUAAAAAAAAUAGCAAACAUUAAAUAAUAUCAAUUUUUAUUAUUUGAGAAAGUACUUUUCAA